AUGCGGACAUCGAACGGGUGGGCCGACCCGAACUGUUCUCGAGACAAAUCGGCCUCGAGCUCGCAACACCCGAAGCGGUCGUCGUGGAGGCUCUGCAAUGAAUACGGGACAAAUUUUCUCAAGAAAUGGCUGCAGCAUGCAGCAUGCAGCAUAGCUACGGAUUCGAGUAAGUAACUUCAUGAAAUGUGCUCUAGGUGUGGGGUUCUUGAGGAGCUAAUGGAAGACUACCAAGCAGCAAGUCCCUUCAACACGUCUUCGUUGAAUGUCAACCCUCGAGUUAUCUUUCUUCACCAUCAACUGGUGACACUGCAUUCGUGAGUUAUAACUUGGCAUUGGCUGUGCAUUCUUAGAUAUGACGGAAAACUGAUACGAAAAACAGACAUUGGACGUCAGUGACAGGAGGUGACCCUAUCCCCGAAAAGGGGGGGCACCCACCGUGGCCUGCCUGGGAAAACGACAUUGAUGCCAGCAAAUAUCAGACGCUCUACGAAAACGCUCGAGAAGGAAUUUACAACGGCAGGAAAGUCGGAAAAUCUUACGCUACGCCGCUGCCCGUCAACGUUGACGGUCAUGCUGAGCUGUACGCACACACCAUCCUAAGGGUGGGGGAUGUCUGUGCAGUCAUGUGCUCAAUACAAGGCAGAGCGUGGAAGUCGAAGGCCACAAAUACAGCCGAAGGUUUGACCACCCUUAAAAUAGUGUGUGGGUGUAUGCAUAUGGUGUAACCUUCCGCUGAAUUUUCCGGUGGUCUUUGACUUCCACGCUCUGCCUUGUAUUGAGCACAUGACUGCACAGACAUCCCCCACCCUUAG